GCUGAUGUGAGACCCAAGAAACCCACUGGGGUGAAGAUCCAAGAAUGGAAACAAGAAGAGAAGGUAACUCUUCUGAACUUAUCUUUUACUCUUAACGUCUUUGCCUCAUAUUUCUUUAUUUUUUCAGAGUCAAAAGAAAGAUGAUAGCACCGAGACUACCACGACCUCAAAACGCUCGAAGCGUGUGGUCAUCGAAUUCGACGAAGAAAAAGAUGCAAGUUUUAUUUCUAAUGUCAAUAUUAUAACUCUCUUUCAAGUCUAUAUUCUGACAUUUCUUUACCCUCAUAACACAGGAAGAAGAGGAAAGACCUCUUGUAAGAAAGAGAAAAUCACCUGAGACUUCGACCAAAUCUGCUGUCCAAACAGAGGCAGGCGAUUCCCAGGCUCAAAUGCCUAAGAAGAAAAAGAAAGUGAAGCAGAUCGAGCCUGAACCUUCUGUGACGGUCGAGGGUGGUGAGCCAGUCAGGAAGAAAAAGAAGAAGACAAAGUCUUCAAAAGAACAAGGUGAGAAUCAACCUGUUGACGUCCAACCACCUUCGACUGAUGUUGGCGGCGCUGAAACAGAAACUACUCCCUCUAUUGCUGAGAUGGGCAACCUUGUCGAACAACCGGACUUACCACAAGAACACCCUACCGUCGAGGUACAACAAAAUGUUUCUGUAGAAGAAAUACCCUCAUGUGCUCGAACCUCUCCUGCUCCUGAGACGGAUGCAGUGAAUGUUGAGGAACAGGGUGAAGGUCAAGGUAUUGGACCCAGCAGUCCUCAGGGAUCGAGUCAGAGAAGUUCAUCUGAAGAACACUUUUCCGAUGAAGAGGCCAUACAAGAGGCUGAAGCUGGAGGUUCAGACAUUUUCCCAGCGUCUUCGACAUCUAAGCUUUCCGCUAGCAUAGGGAUCGCAGAGGAUACAUUCAUUCAAAUGCAAGACGAAGACCCUGCUGCAGCCCUUCGACUCCUGCUGAACACCAGUCAAGCCAACACCUCAAGUGAAAAGAAUCCUGGUGCUUCGUCCUCAUCUGAUGCUGAUAUAACCUCUACAGUACGCCAAGAUUGCCUGCUUUUGAAGUUAUCAAUGGAAUACGCACGGGCAGACGUACUUAAAUCCAUUGAAGAGAACCCUUCUGCUGCUUUUGGGCACCUGAACUUUUUGAAGAAAUUGCAUAACCCCCUUACUUCUGAUGAAAUUCUGGGCAAAGUUAUACAAAUCGAGUCCAUUAUCGAUCAAUUUGCAAAUACUGUGCAGAAAAAACGCGAAAAUGGCGCCAGACUCGAUGCCCAGAAACAGGCACAUAUCCUUCUGCUCGAGAAAGCCCGAGCGGCUCAACGUGAAGUCGAGCGUCUCACCAAAGAGGCGAAAGAAGGAUCUUCUGAGAUCAAAGCCUGUGAUGAUAAUAUCUCCUCCUGGGAGGCAACUAUUACAAAUUUGCUGUCUCAGGUCGAUGAUCUAAGGCAGAAAAUUGUAACAGAGCAGGCCAAACGCAAAGAACUCCAGGAGAAGGCCGCUGAUUCGAUUCAGAAGCUGGUUGCCGAAAAAGGGAGGGAAGGCCUGAAGGCCUUUAGUGCAUCUCAAGCGGUAGCAGAUGAGGCGAGAGCUAUGGAGAGUGCUGACCAGGUUUUAAGCAAAGAGAUGGCCACCUUGAAGAAGCUAUAUGAGGAUUUGAUCAUGACUUAGUAGAAUUUAUGAUUUUUUAUUUCGAAUUCUGUAUUUCGAUUCUACUCUUGAUGUAAUAGACACAUGCCCUUUCGUAGCAAUUUUAC